GAGGCGAUGAUAUUCAGCACGGAGCGCCGAUAAAACACUUUUGUAGCCUCUUACAAAACAUACACCUUCGUUAUUUGGGUAUGUCAUGCUUUUAAUGAAGAGCAGCAUCUGACCUUCACACUACACAUCCACUUAUAAUACUUCACAAACAUAGACAUUUAGUACAGAAAGAUCUGUGCUGCGACAUUAAUUUACCCUCAGAGCAUUUAUAAUUCCUUUAGCAUUAUGUCUCUUGUGUCGUAUUCUGUUUACUAGACACAAUAACCUUCUUUGAGGCUCUCAUUUUAUAUUCUCCUGCUGAGGAUCUUCGAUGGAGGACAUUCAGUGCAGUGUUAUGUGAGCGGAGCGGCUGUUUUUCAUCUGUGUUGCAGUUUUCCGACACAUUUUUAUAUGUGGGAUGUCAAAAUGUCGUGUGGAGUCCAGCCGUGUUUUCAGCUGUUGAGGAUUGGCUUGUCUAAUAGCAACAGCAGCAACGGGAGUGAAUCCGCAGACCCCGUGCGGGACCUGUACACGUUUCGUCCCGCUCUGACGCAGUGCGUGUUUCGACUGGGACGAGCCCCAGAGCUGUGUGACGUCACUCUGGAGUCGGUAAUCGUGUCCCGGAUCCACGCUGAGCUCCAUGUGGAGAGAGAAACUGAUGCCUCUGGAGAAGAAGGAUGGAAGGUUCUGGUGAAGGACCGCAGCAGCUAUGGCACAUGGGUGAAUGACAUGCGCCUCGCGCAAGGAGUCCUAAAAGAAAUCUUUGAUGGCGACACCCUCACCAUUGGCGGCCAAUCAGGACGAGCCAGUCCAGAAUUCUACUUCCUCUUCCAGAAAGUACGCGUUCGCCCGCUGGAUUUUGACGCCAUCACCGUACCCAAAGCUGGAUCAUUCUCCUCGGACAUUAAAAACCGAAUCCGAACGUCUUCGGACCGCAAGCCAGACCCAAAUUUGGACAUUUCCAAACUGUCCAUCAACAGAUCCACGGUGAUCCUCAAUUCCAUUGGCAGCUUGAGCAAGAUGAACGGCAGCUGCUGGACAUUCAAGAAAAGCGACAAAAGCACUGCUUUGAAUGCGCCAGCGUUCACAGCAUUGGCCCCGCCCACAACCCCGCCCCCUUGUCAAGCAGCUGGUGAGAUUUCCUCUAAAUCUGUGCCGCCAUCCUCAAAGAGUCGACGCAAAUCAGCACACACAGUCUUGCUGGAGGACGACAGUUCUGAUGAUCCCGCAAACCGCAUGGAGGAUGGAAGAAGAGGACAGGCCAAAAAAAGACGACGGCUUUAUAAAUCCGAAUCAGAGGUGUUUCAGCAUCCUCUGCCCAAACUGGAGCCUCAGUUUGAAGUGGUCAGUCCCUCCGGCAGCGUCUUUAAUGUGGCACCGACCCGGCAGUUCAGCCAUAUUAUGAACAUCAGUCACAGUAUGGGUAAUGGCAUCAGUGUGACUCCCCUCCGCCAGCAGAAGGCCUGUCUGUCUGGACCCGGACGGAGAGCUAGGGCUAACAGCUCCCCCAUUUACUCUGGCAUAGGGAUCGGAAGCCAGAAUUAUAGCCUGACCUCGCCAUCAGCUAGGGUGAGCAAGACGGAGAAGGCCAGAAGGGUGAUUUCACGCUUUCAGGCCUCUACUGGGCGACGGCGUGGACGGCCGAGGAAGCACCCUCUGCCGCAGCCCUCCCUGCCGUCUCCCUCUUCCUCCUCUUCCUCCAGCUCCUCCUCUUCCUCUAGCUCCUCCUCCUCCUCUUCAUCCUCUGAGGAUGAUGAUGAAGUGGUCGUGGCUCAGGGUGUUGAACCGUGCGCAGCUCUGCAUUGCCGUCUUCCACAGCAGGACACUGUGCAGUGGAUCCAAUGUGACGACUGCGACGCCUGGUACCACCUGGACUGCCUGCCGCACAAACACAACCGAGACUCGCUGCUGUUCGACCCCAACGCAGACUUCCACUGCGGCUGCCAUCGCUGAGCUCCACAGCACGCCAAACACACUCAAACCUCAAUGAUGAUGUUAUUAAUAUUACUAUCAAAUCCAUCAGCUAGCAGAUCGCUAGAAUGAGUCGGCGCUUUCUGCUGUGGUGCUAAUUGUGUCUGAUUUGAACACAGUUGGAUUUAAACGCGGUUGUGUUUGAUUCAAUAUAACCAGCAUCCCAUUAUAACUCAACACCAGAUGCUUUCCAACAGGUGGUGAUUGAUGUACAUGUUCGAUAUAUAUAUAUAUACGCAAGGAUGAAUUCUCUAAAAAAGCUUAAAAAUGAGAGUAAAAUUGUUUGGGUUGAAGAGUGUUUUAUAUUUUUAGAGGAUUAGAUAUGAUUUGAGAUCUUGUGAUCUUUGGAUCAAGUAUCGAGGACUUUGUGGAGGUUUCUUAAAGGCAUAGUUCAUCUUUUUGAGGAUUAAUCUGUUGUUAUUUUACUCUUUUUCUUGAUAUCGAAGAUGUAGGUGAUUUUUGGUAUUUUUUUAGCUGGAAAUGUGGUCCUUGGGGAACAGCUAUGAGCACUUUUAGAGUAAAUAAAUCAGGCUAAGCCAAAAACGAUUGUGGCUUUUGAUGAUACACUAGAUCUCAGUGUAUCGUAGUGUUAUAGUAGUGUCACGAUACUGGAAUUCGGUACCUUUCGGUACUGAAAUUUUAAAAACGUCCAUUUCACGCUUCCAUUUGAGCGCUGUUGAGACGUUCUUAAACACCAUUGAUUUACCAUUGUGUUCACGUGCUCAACAGAAAUGACUGUGAUUGGCCGAGUUCACCGAACUCACCGCCGUUUACUGAGUGUAACUACAGAUACAGGGACACUUGAGUGUUUUAAAGUCGCAAAUAUCAGCUGCUCUGUCUAUGAGCUGACAUACUAGCAAUCCGCAGAUGAAUCGACUGAUCUUCGUAGCUUUAAAACGCUCCAGUGUUGCGGUGAGUUUGGUGAACUGAUGACCUUCACGGCCAAUCACAGUCAUUUCUGUUGAGCAUGUGAACACUAUGGCAAAUCAGUGCUGUUUAAGAACGUGCUCAAAUGUUAGCGGGAAAUGGACGUUUUUUAAAUUUCAGUACCGAUUAGUAUCGAAUUCCAGUAUCGUGACAACCCUACUAUACUCUGAGAUCUAACAUAGCAGGGGUGUCCAAACUCUGUCCUGGAGGGCCGGUGUCCUGCAUAGUUUAGCUCCAACUUCCUUUAACACACAUCCAUGGAAGUUUCUAGUAUACCUAGCUUGAAUAGCUAGUUCAGGUGUGUUUAAUUGGGGUUGGAACUAAAAUAUGCAGGACACCGGCCUUCCAGGACAGAGUUUGGACACCACUGUAAUAAAGCGAAAUGGUCAGUCUGUGCAAGAUUACUAGCAACGUUAUUACCUUUAAAUUGUUAGUCUACACAAAAAUGUUAGUUAUGUUAUUAAUUACUCGCCCUCAUAUCAUUCCAAUCCCCCUUAUACGUUUGUUCAUCUUCAAAACACAAAUUAAGAUAUUUUAGAUCAGUGUUUCUCAACCACGUUCCUGGAGGACCACCAGCUCUGCACAUUUUACCUCCUUAACUAAACACACUGGAUUCAGAUCAUCAGCUGAUUAGCAGAGACUGAAAGACCUGUAAUGGGUGGACAGACAAAGAAGACGUCCAAAACAUGCAGUGCUGGUGGUCCUCGAGAAACAUGGUUGAGAAACACCAUUUUAGAUGAUAUCUGAGAGCUCUCUCAUCCUCCAUUUAUCCAGAAAAAUACCAAGAGCAUCCUCAAAACAGACCAUAUGCCUUCAUUUGCAUAUUCUGUAGCUAUUAGAGAACUUUUGUGCGCACAUACUGUAAAACAAAAUACCUUUAUUCAGUUUCUUCCCCUCAGUGUCAGUAUAGGGCGCACAUUCUCAAAAGCGCUGUGUUCUUUGUGCGUCACAUGAUUGGUUAAAUAUUGUUUCGUAUGAAGCUUGCUUUGUUUCUAACAGGAAUCAUGUGCAGACAUUCGGAAGGUGUACGUCGCUGCACUGAGCUCAUGAAUGUGCACAAUAUACUGACACUGUGGAGAAGAAAUGGUUGAAUAAACUCAAAUCUUUGUUUCAUAUGCGCACAAGUGUUCCCGUAGCUUCAUAAUAUCCAGAUUGAACCACUGAGGCAUACGUUUUGAGGAUUUUAUUUCCUUGUAUUUCUCUGGACAUCUAUGGAGGAUGAGAGAGCUCUCUGAUUUCUUCUAAAAUAGCUUAAUCUGUGUUGCGAAGGUGAACGAAGGUCUCAGAACUACAUGACAGUGAGUAACUAAUAUCAUAAUUUUAAUUAUGGGUGAACUAACCCUUUAAUUCAACAGUCUGAUUGUAUUUACAACAAUUUUUGCAGUUUUAUGAAUCCCCAAGGACCAGUUAUAGCUAAAAAUGAUGUUUAAUUUCCUGCUGAAUAGUCACCUACAUUUUGGAUGGCCCGAGGGUGAGGGAUUUAACUGCAAAUGUUCAUUUUUAAGGGGGGUGAACUAUCCCUUUAGUGCUUGUUAAACAUGCUUCACCAAUAUAAUGACUGCUAUGUAUGUAUGAAUAUGUUAUCAUUAAAUACUGUAUGAGAUGUUUUAAAUGGGUAAUGAGGAUAUACUUUUAUUCCAUGGGUUCUGUAAGCAAUACCUAAUGCUUUUAUUUUUGUAUCUCCACUUCUUCAGAACAAUUACAACUCGAGCUGAAUUCAAAGAAGCUUUGAUUGAUAAGUGUGACGUUUCCUUUGUAAUCCUGAAAUUUCCAUGCUCAAACAGGUUUUUGGUGUAUUUUGUACCGCAUGCUGGUAAUAGCGCAGCUCUUUUCUGAUCUGGACUAACCCCGUGUAGAUGUAUCUGUGUGUAUAUGACUGCAGUUUCUGUUUUAUGAAUGUUAAAGAUCUUCAACUCUCUUCACUUUAACUCAACAUUCUAGAAAUGACAGAUGACUCUUGUCACCAGUGCUUGUCUUGUUGGGAAUCAA